UGAUACCAAUCGCGUGUCAGUUUUCAUAAAGUCAAAAGCGGUUCAAAGCAAAAAUCACUGCGAACAUCAGCCAGCAGGGAUUUGAGUAAUGGUUCUCAACAAAGCAGAACUAAUCUGAUAAGAUUAUCGAACCCAGUCUAGGUUUUGUCAUCCUGGUUGUCUUUAUGACUCAAUCAGACUCCUUGUCUCCGUGGUGGAAUACAUGAGAAUAUCUUGAGCUCAUUUUCGAGACUCAUCGGGAAAUUGCAUUUUCAAAUUCACUCUCCUUUACCAAUGCAACGCGACAAUCCAAGGGAAAAGCACAAAAUGUGGCCUUCGUCUCGCCUUCUUUCCUCGUCUGCGAGGACCUCGCCGAGCUGGCUAUUGGUUCGGUUCGCUCCUAGUUGGAUGGCCACAACGGAAAAGGCCGUCGUGUGCUCACUAAGAAGAAAAGCCGAGACUUCGGCGACAGGCUCUCCUCUUUUCCAAAACACUUAGCAAGGCAGUGAUUGAUCAGAGGUCGUGGCAAUCAGAGCACACACGUCAAUGUCAACAUCACCUUCAAAGGGUAAAUCGUGUCUCUGGGAUCCAUGUGUUUUGGCCAUUGAAGUCCCGGUUGUUUGUCCCUCUGCGGGGAAAAACUUCUUCCAACAACAUGGCGAAUCAGCCUCUAUGGACAAUGCACGAGUCAAUGGGCUCUGGAUCCGGUGGAACAAUAGAAGGCCAAGAGCAACAAACAUCAUCCCAUGCCAAGUCCACCCGGUCUGCCACUCAUGGCUUUGGAAAGUUCCGGCUUCGAUCCAUUCUGCUAUGUGAGAAUUGGACCAAUUUGGCUCAUCUGAGCACUUCCAAAUUGUUCUUACUUCAAUCUCUUUGUGUCUGGUUGGCUUUGUGUGUGCCUGGGAACAUUACAGCAGGGGUUCUGUAUUAUCAAGUCACUUAUGGAUCUGCGGUAAUGAAUGGUCCCAAUAAAGUGGCCACGAACGAGACUUCGGUGAUCAAUGUUGUCCAAUUGACUUGUGCCUAUUGGAUUGAAUUCUGUCAAGUGGAACGGGUUAAUGCCUUGGCAGAGUGUGAGGAACUGCUUAACAGAGACCUGACCACCAUCAAAGGUCUACAUUUAGAUCACAUCCAAAGACUUCCUUUGCUGGGAGAUGACUUGUUGGAGCACGAAAAGAAGCUGUAUCAAGACAUUCUAGAUGAAGUUGUCCCACAACAUGAAUUUGACUGUGUUCCAGGCGAAAAUCUAAACCUUCCCUCGGGGUCUCAAAUUUGGAACUCAUCGGAUUCCUUGUUAUUUUGCCAUGAGAGUAGAGCCACUUACUCACCGUGGGUGGCGAAAUCCAAGUUCUGGAUUGAAGGCGUGGCUGUGACUGUGGUGGGGAUUUUUGGCAUGACUGGAAACAUCAUUGCCAUCAUUGUGCUCAGACGUAUCAAGACCAAUCGGAACUUCAAUAACUUACUCAUCACGUUAAGUUUCUCGGAUUUCCUGCUCAUCUUGGAUGUGGUGGUGGAAAUGUCUUUGAUCGGUAUAUUCAUGUCAAAAGAGCCCCACUGGUUCAAAGUAUCCUAUCCAUACAUUUUGCAUCCUCUUCGAGGUUUUAUCCAAACCACAGCUAUCUAUAUGGUGGUUGCCGUGUCCUCUGAACGAUUCAAAGCCGUUUGCUAUCCUCUGUCUCAUCGGCAAUCCUAUCACAAAUUUGUCAUCGUUGCCGUCGUUUGUUCCGUGACUCUUGAACUUCCACGUUUCCUCGAGUUCAAACUGGUCAAGAACAACACGGAUUAUUGGACCACAGAUCUCAUGGAGGACCCCAGUUACAUCCAGUUCAAUAGUUACUGGAACGAGCUGUUCGCCACGAGUGCCUUGCCCUUAAUAUGUCUUAUGUACAUGAACUUUAAGAUCUACCAAAAGAUACGGGCUUCAUCCCAAUUUGCCAAGCGCUUCGUGAGACGCAGCACCACGAACACAAGUUUGCUCAGUAACAAAAGUACAACAUGCCUCCCCAAAUCGGAUUCCAGAUACUUAACCAGGACCACUGGUUCUGGAAAUGGACGUCGAGUGCCUCUGAACCUCAUCGACGAAGCUGAAACAAUGGACUUCAACCUUGUCAAUGGAUCACAACCAGACUCUAAUCAGACCCCAAAGACUCGACCUCCAGCCGCCAAUGAAAGGCUCGCCCUUGUCACAGAAGUGACUACUACCGUCUCUGUAAACCUGUCCGAAACCAGGGGCCUUUCCCCAACACAAGAAAUUCAUGAUGAUGUUUCAAACCAAUGUUGUACCCUGAAAAACAGCUCAAAUCGGAGAUCUGUUCCCCCUAACUCCUCUUGCUUGGAUCGGGUCCCUUCCAAUGACGUGGAUACUUCCUUGGAAGAGAUCCAACUUAAGCCACUCAUGCACAAAGACUCGACGGCGAGUAGUCAAAUAAACAAUCGCAAUCAGCGGAAGCGUCGCGAGAAAUCCACGAUCGUUCUCGUGUCAAUCGUUCUGAUCUUCAUUACAUGCCAUACAUAUCGGCUCUCCCUUCGGAUCUACGAGGUCUCACAUCCGAGUAACAAUACCUUGGAACACUAUCAGUUUUGCUAUAAUCGAGGACUGUAUCAUAUCCCGGUGGCGUUUUAUGUGUUGGUGAACUUCCACCAUCUUUUCCUUGUGAUCAACUCGAGUGUGAAUUUUAUCAUUUAUUGUUGCGUAGGCCGAGAAUUUCGCUCCCAUAUGUACGAAUGGUGUUCCAGAUCCAAAAAAUAGAGCUUGUUUGAGUAUGAUUAAUCCAGAAUUAGCAGGAACGAGCUGUAUCAAAUACAUUGCCUUGGGUAAUGAAUCUGACGAAAAUAAACGUAUCAUUUAAGCACA